GGCUAUAUUAAUGAAUUGUAAUUAAAUCAUCCGACUCCGUUGCCCCAUUGAUUUCGGGAAAAAGCUGCUGAAAGUUGGAUUCAGACGGUAGAGCCGGCAGUAAUUGCUCAAGACACGGAGAUGGGGGCUGGGCUGAGGUAGCCAUGUAUAAAUAGUGUGAUCUCAAAAACACAGACACAACAGCAGGAGUGAUCUAACCUUCUACACCCCCCCAGUAUCGCAGCUUUCGUAAACGAACAACGAACAGAGGACCGACACCUUUAGCGAAAUUUAAAGUGGAUUUCUGUUAUCAGGACCACUCGAGAGACAUGGAAGAACUUACGGCGUUCGUUUCCAAAUCGUUCGACCAGAAAACGAAGGAGAGCAGCAAAGAGAGUAUAACGUACAGGGAAGUUUUGGAGAGCGGGUUAGCGCGAGCCAGGGAGCUGGGCAACUCGGAGACAAACCUCCAGGACAUUACUGAAACGAGCAACCAUUGUCCGGUGCAUCUAUUCAAAGAACACGUAGAGCUGGAUAAAGAAAAACUGAAGGAGUUUAGCGUUUCAAGGGCCUCCGAGGGGAUAUACGAAUGCAAGGAGAAGAAAGAAGAAGUUAAAUCCGAGGACGAAGACGCUCAAAGCAAACUGAAACAGAGACGGAGUAGGACAAAUUUUACUUUGGAGCAGCUGAAUGAACUGGAAAGACUCUUUGAUGAGACGCACUAUCCGGAUGCAUUCAUGAGAGAGGAGCUAAGUCAGCGGCUAGGGCUUUCGGAGGCAAGAGUCCAGGUUUGGUUUCAGAACAGAAGAGCUAAAUGUCGAAAACAAGAAAACCAAAUGCACAAAGGUGUCAUCUUGGGGACGGCGAGCCACUUGGACGCAUGUAGAGUCGCUCCAUACGUGAACAUGGGAGCCCUCAGAAUGCCCUUUCAGCAGGUACAAGCCCAGCUGCAGCUGGAGGGCGUGGCCCACUCUCACCCGCACCUGCACCCUCACCUGGCGGCCCACGCGCCCUACCUGAUGUUCCCGCCCCCGCCUUUCGGACUACCAAUCGCGUCGCUGGCCGACUCGGCCUCGGCGGCGGCCGCGGUGGCGGCGGCCGCCAAGAGCAACAGCAAGAACUCGAGCAUCGCCGACCUCAGACUUAAGGCAGGAGUACUUGGAGGCCUGUGGUUCAGUCCGUUCCAGGCCCAGAUCACGGCCCCAGGACUGUACAAACCAUGUCCGGAUGUCUGUCUGAAAACCUGCCUUUAACACCGGAAGACUUUUAAAAAUAAAUAAAUAAACAAAAAAGAAAUGGGCAAAACAAACUCAGACGUCAGAAAGAAAAAAAACAACAAAAAAAACUAGUGUCUCUGCGGACCCCCGAGACGUUUGGAUGCUCAGCCUGGCGCAAGCGGCCAUGUUUGCCUCCUACCACUGUGCUCCUGACUCCGCCCACUGCAUGCGUUUGACAGGAAGGGGAGAAAAAAAGAAAAAAAAAUAACUUUUUUUUUUUUUUUUUGGGGCUGGCCUCCUUUGUGACUGACACACACAUGUGACUAUGUUAUAAUCACUGCCAUGAAAAGAUUCCACUAUAUUCAUCUUCAGAAAAUACUUUUUUUGUUUUCCAUUCAAUCUUUCCAUUCAAGCUGUGUGUGUGUACACGCGCGUAGGAUGCAGCAAAAAGCAGAGCUUUAGUUUUUUUUUUCCCAGCAUACACUUGAGUCUUCUUUUCUUUUUUUGGAGGGAAUUUUGUGUUGCUGUAUUUCUGAUGGGCAUGCGUCUGCAGGAUCAUGUUUUUAUUCUCAUGUUGUGCUCACCUGAUUUUAUUUUUUGUAUUUUUUAAUUGUGCUGUGUCCCGGGGAUAGAAGUGAAAAUAGCUUUUGCACUUCAAGUUGUUUACAAAAUUCAUGCUACUUUUAAAUGCGAGGGUAGAUGGUUAGAGAAAGGGGGGUUUGGUGUCACCAAAAAGGCAUUGAAGUGACACGUGUCAAAGGGAUGAAGGGUAACUGCAAUUAUGUAAUUUAAGAUAUUAAUUCAGCAUCAGUCAAACUGAAAUGCAACUGUGUGCAGUUAAGUGCAAUACUGUAAAUAUAUAUAAAAAUUAAAAUAGCAGUAAAUUGUUAAUGGGGGGAAAAAAACAGUGAUUUUCAGUCGCUUUUUUGACACAGAUGUCAAAUUACUUUGCCAAACAGAACAUUUUCUAAGAUUUAAAAGUUAUGAAUUCAUUUUCAGCAAUUACAUGCCAUAACUCCUGAUGUUCAGAGGUACGCAAGCCUAGUUUUGCGCACAUGCAGAAACAAUAACUUGUUGAGGUAGAUGAGAGCACUUUUGUUUGCUGUUGUUCAGAUUGACAAUGGAUGGACUAGGAUCUGAAAGAGUUCUUUAACAUCUGCUGUAUAGUAUUGACACAAGCAAAACAAUUUUUAGACUCACCAGAAACCAACGAGCCUCACAGUCUCAUUUGAUAUUUUACAAUCUGUUAGAAAUGCGGUUUUAUAUGCCACAAACAAAUAUAUGAGCUGGUUACUACUAAAACAAAAUAUUUUUUUGAUAUCCUAAGAAUACAGUAAAGCAUAACCUUUAAAAUCAGUUCACAGCACUACCCAAUAAACGCUCAUAAUUUUUCUUUGUAGAAACUUCAUAUAUUUAAAAAACAAGUAACCAAUGAAACAUUUUAAUUAAUUAGUUAUUGCUUGGGAAAAUGCCAAUGAAAUGGAUGGUGUUGUCAAAACUUGUCAAAUACUAUUGAAUUCAAAAAAUGAUCCUAGUAAGGUCUACCUCUAACAGUAUAUUAUUAAUUUCAAAUCAUUUUUCUGGCUCACACACCACCCUUACAAGUAUUAAGCAAUGUUUCCAUGUUAAAUAAUUUCUUGGGUGCAUUUAUUUAUUAUUUUGUUUGAAAGAUUAUAAAUGAAAGUUUAAGUCAAAUUGCGAGUGUACAUUUUACAUGGCUUUGCAUUUAUUUUUAUAUAUUUUAAAAAAUUUUCCUUUUGUAACAGUUGAUCAGAACAUGGCUGGGUGUAGUACAUUUUUUUUAGCAUAAAAUGUUGUGUCUGAGUUUACAAACAUUUCAGGGAUGGUUAAAAAAAAAAACUAAAAUACUUCAAACAAGUUUAAAUUCAUUUUAAACUCCAUGGAACUUGUAGCUGUCAUUAUCACAGUUAAGUCACAGUUUCUUUCUUUGUGACUCAUGCAAGCAUGCUUUAAACAUGGUUCGCCAUACAGUUCUGUUACAGCGUGUUUUUUCUGUUGAUUCACACAAUAUGAAUGUACAUGUUGUACAAGUAAACUAUUAAUAAAGUUAUAAAUAUUUGUAA